AAAAAGCAAUUGGAUUCAGAUGGGUGCAAACAGUUGAUGAAAAGAGUGGGAACGUAAUUCGUCAAUACAAACAAAACACAUUCCAGUUUAUUCCACCAACGGCUAUUGUGGAAGCAAUAUUUUCGGAUCCUGAAUUUGUGGAAAUGUACGAACAAAAUGAACGACAUGGGUGCGAGAAUGGAAUUUAUCGAGAUUAUUGCUGUGGAAACAUUUCGCAACAGAAUGCAUUUUUAAAGAAAAAUCCAAACGCUCUCAGAUUGCAGCUGUACACUGAUGACUUUGAACCGUGUGAUGCAUUGAAAUCCAAAGCCGGAUUACAUAAACAAUGUGCCUUCUACAUGAUUAUUCGGAACAUUCCCAAAAAAUUACAAUCAAAAUUAUCCAAUAUCUACUUAGUAGCAUUGUCUGACUCAAACGAUUUCAAAAAUGAUUCCGCAAGUAUUCACAAUAUCCUUGAAGUGAUAACAGAUGAUCUCAAAGUUCUUGAAACCGUUGGUGUUGCAGUAAACAAAAAGAUCAUUAAGGGCUGCCUGUUUGCAAUGUCUUUCGACAAUUUGGGUGGAAAUGCUACUUAUGGUCUCGUGCAGUCUUUCAAAGCGAAUUACUUUUGCCGUUUUUGCGAAUGUCAUAGAGAAGAGUGCAAAAUUAUGUCAAAAGAAGAUACAAGCAAAUUACGAAAGUCAGGUUCAUAUAAUGAAACGUGCGCACGUCUUUUAAAAGAAGAAUUGGAUGCAACUGAAUCAAAAGGAGUACGACUUUACUGCAAGUUAAACGAUCUUCAAAGUUUUCACAUGUUGGAAAAUUAUACUGUGGAUAUUUUGCACGAUUUGCUUGAGGGAGCUGUACCAUUUACACUCCACGUUAUUUUCGAUUAUUGCUUUGAAAACAAAUUGUUCAAAGAAUUUGAAUUGCAGAAUAUGAUUCAAUGCUUUAACUAUGGGCCUUUAAACAAGAAAAAUAUUCCAUCGAAAUUGAGAAUGAUUAGCAAAAAUCUUGGCCAAAAUGCCACACAACUUCACUGUCUAAUGAAGAACAUUCCAUUUAUAUUGAUUGAAUAUAUAGACAAGUUAAAAGCCAUUUGGAAUUUGGUUCAAAGUUUGCUUGAAAUAUUACAAAUUGUGUUCAGCGAAGAAAUCACUGAAAGUGAUUUAAAUCGAUUGGAAUCAUCAAUUGAGUGUCAUACCAAAUUUAUUGUUAAUGAUGUGAAGAAGGACCUGAUUCCCAAACACCAUUUCUUGACUCACUACGUGCGAGCUAUUCGAUCAAUGGGUCCGCCUAUAUUCACAUCAACAAUGCGUUUCGAAGCGAAGCACCAAGACUUGAAAAAAAUUGCACAAAACACCAAUAACUUUAAAAAUUUGAAUAAAACCAUAGCCGAAAAACAUCAGACCUUACUGAGUUUAAGUGAAAAUCGAUAUUGUGAUGUAAUUGAAGUCGGUUCAACAUUCGCUUUAUUUGAAAACACCAAUGAUUAUGAGUUCUUCAAAUCGUCUCCCACACUUUCGAUCAAAGGAGAUGAAAUAGUGAUCAAAACAUUGAAAUUAAAUAGCAUAAUUUUUAAGCCAGGUUUAUUGUUGUUGCAUAAUUCACUGUUUUUUGAAAUCAAUAUGAUUUUAAAGUCUUUAGAUAGCUACCAUUUUUUAUGUGAGAACUCAUACCGCGUUAAAGAGCUUGAUUUGUUUACAAAUAGUUUAAUUCUUGACUUUAAUGAACAUUCCAACUAUGCAUUGAAUAUGAGUGAUAUUUUGAAUAAGCAAACUUAUCAGAAAUGUUUGAUUAGAGGAAAUAUUCAUGUUAUUUGUGAGACUUUAAAUCUGUUCAAAUUAGCUAUUGUUUAA